GACCGGAAGCGGGGCGCACGCCGGCCCGGGCGCAAGAUGGCGGCCGCGCGGAGCCGGAGCAGGCGCCUGGCCGAGCUGUCGGUGGACGAGUUCCUGGCGUCGGGCUUCGACUCCGAGUCGGGGGAAGAGCAAGAACAGGAGCCGGAGCCGGAGCAGGAGCAGGAGCAGGAGCAGCCGCGCAUGCGCGUUGGGGCCCGGCCGGCCAGCGGCGUGCACAAAGGCCGUGCCUCUGAGCACCGGGACCAGCUUUCCCGACUCAAGGACAAAGACCCCGAGUUCUACAAGUUCCUGCAAGAGAAUGACCAGAGCCUGCUGGACUUCAGCGACUCGGACAGCUCCGACGGGGAAGAGGGGCAGCUCCACACCCUGCCGGACACGCUGGAAGCGAGUGAGGAGGAGGAAGAAGAUGACAAUGAGGAUGAGGUCUCUGGAGGCACAAAGAGGAAGACGGAGGACUCUGUUCCCGUGACCCUUGGCAUGGUCGAGAGAUGGAAGCGGAUGGCCAAGCAACACCUCACUCCACGGCUGCUGCACCAGGUCGUGCAGGCAUUCCGAGCCGCUGUUGCCACCACCCAAGGAGACCAGGAUAGUGCCGAGGCCAACCGGUUUCAGGUCACUGACAGUGCUGUGUUCAAUGCGCUGGUCACCUUCUGCGUCAGAGACCUUUUAGCUUGCCUCCAGAAGUUACUCUUCAGGAAAGUCCCAGACAGAGGUGGCAGGGCUCCGCCGCCAUCCAGCAGCCCACUGUGGGGGAAGCUCCGGCUGGACAUCAAGGCUUAUCUGAGCUCUGUCCUGCAGCUGGUGGCGUGUGUGGCUGAGUCCACCGUAGCAGCGGCCAUUCUCCGCCAUGUCAGCCACUUGGUGCCGUACUUCUUGACCUUCCCCAAGCAGUGUCGCUUGCUGCUCAAGAGGAUGGUGGUUCUGUGGAGCACAGGGGAGGAGACCCUGCGAGUCCUCGCCUUCCUGGUGCUCCUCCGAGUCUGCCGGCACAAGGACACCUUCCUGAGCCCCGUCCUCAAGCAAAUGUACAUCAUGUACGUGAGGAACUGCAAAUUCACCUCCCCCAGCGCCCUGCCCCUCAUCAACUUCAUGCAGCGCACGCUGACCGAGCUGCUGGCCCUGGACCCCGGCGUCGCCUACCAGCACGCUUUCCUCUAUAUCCGCCAGCUGGCCAUCCACCUGCGCAGUGCCAUGGCCUCGUCCAAGAAGGAGACGUACCAGUCUGUGUACAACUGGCAGUUCGUUCACUGCCUAUACCUGUGGUGCCGUGUACUUGGCACCAUGUGCCCCAGCGAGGCCCUCCAGCCGCUGAUCUACCCCCUUACGCAGGUCAUCAUCGGCUGCAUCAAGCUGGUUCCCACGGCUCGCUUCUACCCCUUGCGCUUCCACUGUGUGCGGGCGCUGACGCUGCUGUCGGAGAGCACCGGCACCUUCAUCCCCGUACUGCCCUUCGUCCUUGAGGUUUUCCAGCAGGUCGACUUUAACCGGCGGCCUGGACGUAUGAGCUCCAGGCCCAUCAACUUCUCCGUGGUCCUGAAGCUGUCCAAGGUCAACUUACAGGAAAAGGCUUACCGGGACGGCCUCUUGGAGCAGCUCUGUGACCUCACCCUGGAAUACUUGCACAGCCAGGCCCACAGCAUUGCGUUUCCUGAGCUGGUGCUGCCGGCCGUCCUGCAGUUCAAGUCCUUCCUCCGCGAGUGCAAGGUGGCCAACUACUGCCGCCAGGUGCGCCAGCUGCUGGAGAAGGUGCAGGAGAACUCCGAGCACAUCAGUAGCGCCCGCCACCAGGUCUCCUUCGCCGUGUCUGCCCGGAAUGUGGUGGAUUCCUGGGAGAAGCAGACCCGAGAGGCAGGCACUCCGCUCACCAGGUACUACAGCCAGUGGCGGAAGCUGAGGGACCGGGAGAUCCAGCUGGAGAUCAGCGGCAAAGAGCGGCUGGAAGACUUGAACUUCCCGGAGAUAAAGCGGCGGAAGCUGGAGGACAGGAAGGAAGAGGACAGGGUGGCCUUCAAGGACCUCUUCGAGCUGGACAGCGACGAGGACCCCAGCGAGACGGAGACGUCCGGGUGCCUGAGAGCGGAGAGGGAGGAGGAGGAGGAGGAGGAGGAGGGGGAAGACGAUGAUGAUGAAGCUGACAGCGGCAGUGAGGGCAGCGCUGAGGAUGGAGGCCCAGACGCAGAGGCGGGGCUGCUGCCCGGGGAGCUGUGGGACCUGGCGCAGGGUCCUGAGGACGAGCUGCAGGACCUAGAACUGUCUGAGGAGGAGGACUGAGGCCGCCCUGCUCC